UAGUGUUCGGUUUAUCUUUAUCUAUGAGAAAUUGUUACAUCACACUGAGAAUUCUAAAUUCAAUUUUCUCAAGUUUUCAGGUCACAUUAUCAGUUUUCCACUGUACUUUUUCAUUUUACCUGCGUAAAUAGAAAGCUUAAAAUGAGUGCCUGGAGGCAAGCGGGAUUAAAUUACAUAAACUACUCUAACAUUGCCGCUAAUAUACUGAGACGAUCUUUAAAACCACAGCUCAAAACCGAAGCCAUCCGCCGUGAUGAGUCUCAUGUUCGAAUCACACCUUGGGCUAAUGGAAAGCCUGCGCAUGAAAAAGAUUAAAAUAGCAACAGUAAGUUAGGCUGUCUAGAUCUACAAAAUGCAGCACCUAAAUAGAAUGGAAAUCGCUACAACAAAAUAAUAUUAUUUUAGUCUUAUUUAAUCAUGGCUACAAAUGUAAUGCUGUACUGUUGAAUAAAUCUGUUCAAACUAAA